AUGCUGUUUUCUUCACCAGGAGGAAAUACGACAACACCUUUUACAGCUACACCACCAACACGUAAGUUAUUGAAAAUUGAAUGGUUAAAGAAAAAUUAAGUUUACCUUAAUCUGUUUGCAAUUGCUAGUUUACCUUUUAUUUGUUCAAUAUAAUUUCUAGCAACAACGACACUAGGAGAAAAUACGACAACACUUUCUCCAAAGACACGAUCUACAACAACAGGUAAUCUCUUGAAGAUUGAAUGGUUAGAAAAAAGUUUAGUAUACCCUCUGUUUGCUAGUUUACCUUGUUUUGCUUGAUAUGGCGAGUUUUCAUUCCACAGCUGUUGGACAUUUUCACAUGCUUUUAACUUUUUCAUCCAUGGUCUCAGUCCUGCAACGCUUAAUGCAGGUACUUGACUUCGUUAUAGUUUUGUCUUAGUCGUGUUUUGAAAGAGUGUGAAAAGUUUGACUCUACAAAACUCCGCAGCAUCUCUCUGGGUAAUCCAGUUUUCACUUCUAGUUAAAGUAGACCAGUCGUCAAUGACCAUUAAUUAACGGCAAUAAAUUAGACUAGAUCGCCUGUUUUCUAACGUCACUUCUGCAUGACAAUGAAUAAAGUAGGAAUGGAAUUAAGCUGCAAAAAUCAAUGCUUUAAUUAUUUCAUAGCCUGCGUCCCAAAAACUACACAUUCUGAGUUCCGCCCACCGAACGCAUGGUCCCGCCCAUCUUAAUGCAUUUAUUUUAAUUAUUUGUCUAACUCACAAAUAUACGGCUUUGACGUUUCAUAUCUUCGGCAUAUGUCUUCGGUUCAUUCAAUGCUAUGAAGACAAAAAUACCACGUUCGAUUCAGUGCAACAAUAUGUCCUCAUUCAUAGCGAUAGUUUUAUUCGAUGUCAACAUUAUAGCGAUUUAUGAGCUUUGAAAGUCAAGCGAGUUCGUGUAUUAUCAAAUUACGCAAUUGUCUGAACAAUAUUACUAGACUAGCCAUACCUUUCACCGAACAUAACUUCGGCCCCUUUGGACGUAACUUUGUAAUAGUCGUGUUCCAAUCGCUAUCAAAAACACUACUUAGAGUGUCACUUACGAGCCUGUAUCUUCAAAUCUGCACUUUUAUCACGGUAUCACAUCUAUCAAGUAACAAAUGUUGGAUUGAUAUUCGUUGUUCAUUCUUCAAGACGAAGCAAUUUCCGAUUCCAGAUAAAGAUUAAAGAAUUCAACGCUUAAUUCUCAAUUAAUGCAUCCGUUAUUUUUUGGUUAGUGUAUGCCAUCACUCGAUAUAUCGGUAUCAAUUACGAAAAUAACAAUAGCUUAUAUUAUAAAUACGGCAACAGUAACUUCUAAAAUUAGCACUAACUAUUCUAAUUCUUUACUCCUGUCAAUCAAAAAUUGAAAAUCAACAUUCUGACCAAUCAGGAUGCUCCGGCACCCAGCUGCCGGGGAGAACUCAGAAUGUGUAGUUUUUGGGCAGGCGGUAUUUCUAGCUUCCCUUUCUCUCGUGCCCGCGAAUACCGCCUGCUACGCAGGCUAAUUAUUUUCAAUAUAAUCAGUACGAGGCCAAAAAGCCAGCCAACGUACGAACAUUUGAAAACUCCGGGUGUUUAGCAUCAUUUACGUGCAUUGCGUUUGUUUAGAUUCACGUCCAACUUCUUUACCGGAUUCAAGCACAAAGAAAGUGGAUACCGAAAGCGACAAUGGCAUACUUAGUGAACUGGACAAAGAGGCAAGAGAAAAUUUAAACAUUAUGCAGUUUUAG